GCAAAUUAGCUAUUAAUUAAACGAAUUUUUACAGUCAAGAUGACUACAUCGCGCUUAAUUUUAUUUGUGGUUCUAUUUUAUAUUUUCAUAGAUUCUUCGAAGUCUGGAGAAACAUGCAUGGGAAGUGAACGCUAUAGCUCGUUUUUAAAAAUUGAUAAUAAUUAUUACUACAUUCCUCAUGACAAUAAGAUAAAUUGGUUCGGUGCACGUGACACAUGUCGUAGAUUGGGUGCUGAUUUGGCUACUAUAACAACUAAUGAUCAACUUAAUGCAAUAUCAAGUUAUUUGUUAUCUAAAGGAUACGGAGAAAAUGAUUGGUUUUGGAUAGCUGGCAAUGAUUUGGCUCAAGAAGGAAAUUUCUCUUGGGUUAGUAAUGGUGAAAAAAUGACAUUUGCAAACUGGUCUCAAGGACAACCAGACAAUAAUGGUGGUAUCGAAGAUUGUGUACAUUUGUGGUUGCGUGAAGGACAAUUUAAAAUGAAUGAUUGGCAGUGUAGAAACGGAAAAGCCUAUUAUAUUUGUCAAGCACCCGAACCUAAAAUGGUCUGUUUAUGGGUAUAAUUUAAUAUUUGAAAAAUAAAUUUGUUUUUAAAAAUAC